UGUUGUUUUUUUUUUAGGAAAAAUUUAAAAGUUAGAAAUUUCAAGACUUCCAUCUUUUUGUAUGCAAUUAGAUUGUACAAAGCUGGGUGUAUAUUCUUCAUUGAAGAAGUGUUAAGAUUUAUUUUAAUUAUUGAAUCAAAGUAAUAGCCAUAAAAACAUUGUAAUUAAAAAUAUUAGAUUAAAAAUGGGUUGUACUAUAAGUCAAGUUGACAAAGAGGCAGUAGAGAGAAGUAAAAUGAUCGAUAAAAAUUUAAAAGCUGAUGGAGAAAGAAAUGCAAGAGAAGUAAAACUUUUGCUUUUAGGUGCUGGUGAAUCUGGAAAGAGCACUAUAGUGAAACAAAUGAAAAUAAUUCAUGAGUCUGGUUAUACAAGUGAUGAAUGUUUUCAAUAUAAACCAGUCGUUUAUAGUAACACUAUUCAAUCUAUGUUAGCAAUUAUUAGAGCUCUUGGAACACUAAAUAUUGAAUUUUCAAAUCCAGAUAGACAGGAAGAUGCCAGACAGCUAUUUUCACUGGCAAGUGGUGUUGAAGAUGGAAGUUUUACACCAGAGCUUAUUGCAAUCAUGAAACGCUUGUGGAGAGAUGAAGGGGUACAGCAAUGCUUUCAACGUUCCCGUGAAUACCAGCUAAAUGAUUCAGCAGGAUUUUACUUGUCAGAUUUGGAUAGAAUUGGUGCACCUGACUAUGUUCCAACACAACAAGAUGUUCUUAGAACCAGAGUAAAGACAACUGGAAUUGUUGAAACUCACUUUGUUUUUAAAGAACUUCAUUUCAAGAUGUUUGAUGUUGGAGGUCAGCGUUCAGAAAGGAAAAAGUGGAUUCAUUGUUUUGAAGGUGUGACUGCUAUUAUAUUUUGUGUUGCACUCAGUGGUUAUGAUCUUCUUCUAGCUGAAGAUGAGGAAACAAAUCGUAUGCAUGAAAGUAUGAAAUUGUUUGAUUCAAUUUGCAACAACAAAUGGUUUAUGGAUACUUCCAUUAUCUUAUUUUUGAAUAAAAAGGAUUUAUUUGCUGAAAAAAUAAAGAAAUCACCAUUAACAACAUGCUUUCCUGAAUAUAUGGGUGCAAAUACAUACGAUGAAGCAGGGUCUUAUAUUCAACUUCAAUUUGAAAAUUUAAAUAGUCGUAAAGGAGAGAAGGAGAUUUAUACACAUUUCACGUGCGCAACAGAUACAAACAACAUUCAGUUUGUUUUUGAUGCUGUCACCGAUGUUAUUAUCAAAAACAAUUUGAAAGAUUGUGGUCUUUUCUAAUUUAUUUUUGUUAUUUGUACCAAUCUUAAGAAGCGUGGGAUAUGUUGGAAGUUUUGCAAUACGCAAUUGAAACAUUUUUCCAUUAUUGUUAGAUAGCACAACGUGCAUAUAAUUUCGAACAUACUGACUUGUACUGCUAAAUUAAUUUUUCGAAUCAUAAAGUAAUUUAUGAAUCACUCCGAAAAGUAUCUUUGCGGACGAUCAAAUCAAACAAGAGUUCAUAAUGAUAUAAUAAUUAAAUUCUCUAUUGAAAAGCUUUUUUAAAAAGUAAACCUUGUAAAUCUGUCAUGGUAAUUUAUAUUUGAUAUAAGUAAAGUUAAAUUCUAAAUUAAUCGAUAAUUAUGUUUCAGCUAGUGAUGUUUUGAAAAAUAUUUUAUCUGAAAAUUGUCUUUUUAAAUUGGAGUGUUUGCACAUAAAACCUGAUCUGAUAGCAAAUAUAUAACACUUAAACGCGUACUUUUGAACUAUUUAGUUUUUAUUUGCUAUUUUUUCUGGUGUUAGAAUCAAAUUUCAUUACAGGCGUUUAUAAUAGUUGUUUGUGUUUUGUUUUCAUGAGUAUUUUUUUCUGGAGAUAUUAAAGAAGAUUUUAUGUAUUUAUCAGAUUUUUAGUUUUAAAAUGAUUGCGUAGACCGCA